CGCUCGUUUCGGCACAUCUGCGAUGCGAUAGGGGACGAGGAGUUGGAGGUGGAAACUUGUUAUGUACAAUGAUGAAAUAUUUUUCUUUUUUCUUUUUUUUUUGUGGAAAAGACUAUUACGUUGUCGCAGUAUUGGCACUAAUAUUCGGAUAAGCAUAAGUCGGAAGGGCUUAGUAACUUUUUUUCUUUUGCUUUGUGUAGGAUUUCGCGGUAGUCCUUAAUUCAUGAAGUUGGCAGAUCAAGCGGUUUGUUUGUGGCCAUAAUGGAGAUAAAGGGUUUGUGGAUCCUAAAUCAAGUAGUUUGGAGGUGUGCUUACUGGGGUUUUCAGUUGACUAGGAAUAUAUAUAUGGGUAAAUUCCCAUGCUUUUGGAUUAGUACUUUGAGCUUCAAACGUGGCCGGUUAUGUGAGAAUUAAGUGACAUGGAAAUUGCAAUGUUUGGAGCCAUGUUACAUCUAUAGGUAGAAUGAGAAGAUAUGGUAGCAGUUUCCUGUGAAGUCGGCGAUGGCUUUCUCGUACAAGUUCAUGUCCCUAGUAAUGUUCUAUUGGUUAUGAGGGCUUCUUUUUCUCUCGUUUAUCACUGCUCUGCCAAACUCAAGCUGAUAUUGGUGAGUAAUAAGAUUUCUAGACCUUUUUCAUCUGGGAAUUCAGCAGCUGUGUGCUUUAGUAUGCUCGAUGAUGAAACCUCCAAUUCUUACGAUGGAGAAGUUCUACCAAAAAGAGGGUGCAUUUCAGCUGUCAGUAUUGAUGAUAUGGUGUCUCAUCAUGGUGAUCGUUGCUCUUCUGAGGAGAUUCCCUUGUUUUUGGAAAAUCAGAAGUCAGAGGAAGUUGAGAUGGAAAGCAUGAAACCGUUAGACACAAACUGCCAAUGGAUUCAAGGUUGUGAGAAGUUGUACUGGGCUAAAUCGAAUCAGAUUAAUAUGUUCCGGGGCUUGGACAAGCUCUUUGAUGAGAAUUCAGAAGCUGCUAUUGCUCUAGGAUUAAAAAAUGGGAUCCAAGCUACUUGUAAAGUGAUACAUAUUCUUGCCUCAAGGAAUAUGAAUCAUUUAGUGGUUCGUCUUAUCUUGUAUCUUGUACGGACAUAUCAUUGUCACAAGGACUCCUCCACUCUGUUGCUAGAUACUUUUCUUGAUACCUGUAAGGAAAGAAGAGUACUAAAAACUGUACAUAGUAUGUUCGUUGAUUCUUACAUUAAGGAAGACAUGCUAAAUAUUGCCCUUGAAGCAUCGUUUAAAGGAAGACUGCUUAAAAUUUUUCCUUCAGCUGCCGUCUGUAAUUCUUUAUUGCAGGCACUAUUGCGAUCCAACCAAUCAGACCUGGCUUGGGAAUUUUUGGAGGAAAUGCAAAGUCAAGGAAUAGGUAUGAAUGCCUCUGUUAUCAGUUUGUUUAUCAAGGACUACUGUAUCAAGGGUGACAUAAGAAGUGCUUGGAAGUUGGUCACAGAGAUGAAAAAUUGUGGGAUCAAAGCUGAUGUGGUUGCAUAUUCUAUCAUAGUUCACCAUCUCUGCAGGAUGUCCUGGUUAAAGGAAGCAACAUGUUUAUUGUUUAAGCUAUUGGGGAUGGGUUUCUUCCUGGAUUCUGUUGUAAUUAAUUCAGUCAUUGAUGGCUAUUGUAAGGUGGGAAAUCUAGGAAAAGCAAUUUGUAUUUUAAGCAUGUGCGGCCUUCCCCUUGACAAUUUCUUGUAUAAUAGUUUUCUCACAAAGUUAUGCAGAGAUCAUGACUUGUCGAUUGCUUCAAAAUAUUUUCUCGAGAUGCCUGAGGUAGGCUUACGUCCAGAUUGUUAUAAUUAUACUACCAUGAUCCAAGGCUAUUGUAAAGCUGGAGAUACAAAGAGAGCUUUACAGUACUUCGGGAAAAUGUUGAAAAGUGGUAAUAGACCAUCCACAACUACAUAUGCGGUGCUCAUUGAUGGGAGUUGCCAAAUAGAGGACAUGGAAAUGGCAGAGCACAUGUUUCAAAUAAUGAUAAAAGAUGGUUUACUGCCUGAUGUUGUCGUUUGCAACACUUUAAUGCAUGCCUAUGGGAAGCAAGGCCGCUUGCAUAAGGUUUUUAAGCUUUUGGGCUUGAUGACAACUGUUAAUAUUUCUCCUGAUAUCAUCACAUACAAUACUAUCAUUCACAGCCUAAUGAGGAAUGGGUUGAUGACUGAGGCGAGAGAUAUUUUAGAUGAACUUGUCCAAAGGGGCUUCUCUCCGGAUGUUGUGACAUUCACUAGUGUGAUAGAUGGGUUCUCAAAAAGGGGGCAUUUUGUGGAAGCUUUUCUCAUGUGGUCCUCCAUGAGCAAAGUAGCUGUGCAGCCUGACAUUAUAACCUGCAGUGCUCUUCUCAGUGGUUAUUGUAGGGCACGUAGAAUGGAAGAAGCAAAUGCACUAUUCCGUAGGAUGCUUGAUGCUGGACUGAGACCUGACGUGAUUCUGUACAAUACUCUCAUUCAUGGAUUUUGUAAGAUUGGAUGCAUGGAAGAUGCAUGCUACUUGGUCGAUCUGAUGGUGCAGGGUGAUAUUUAUCCAAACAAUGUUACACGCAGGGCACUUGUCCUUGGCUUUGAAAAGAUGAAGUUCAGAAAUCCUGCAGAAACUGCAGACUUUAAGCUGCAAGAAAUACUAGUGAAAAAUGGCAUUCACAUAGGUGUCGAUGCGUACUUAUCUAUGGCACAUCGACCGGACAGGUGAGGCACUGUAAUUGCUUGGGAGAUGCCCUGGCAUGUGUCUGACUACUUAACUUCUAAUUGUGCACGCUGUAGUUGCUUUGGAGAUGCCCCUGCAUAUUGUAUGUGUGUACUGGAAGAUCUGACCACUCAAGAUGGUCCAUCGUCUAACUUUAUGGGGAUCAGUGAGCUUGGAGAUGGGCAUCUCUCAAAAUCAGUGAAGGGAGUCACUUGCACUUACAAGCGAUGCAGGUUGCUACCUUCAGGAGAUUGAGCUGCCACAACUCUGAACUAUGGCGGACAGAUGUGUUUUCUUGUCUUAAUGCUAUACGGCCAUCGGUGGGAUAUAGAAGAAGUCCACUAGUCGUCCGCAGCCAUCUGCAUUAUGCCAAAUUUGCACGGAAACUAAGGUAAGAGCAUUCUUCUGGAAGCUUGGUUAUACGGGCUAGCUUUGCUGGGUCAUCAAUGAUAUGCACUUACAGCCAGAUGAGGUGGUCCCUAGUUCACCGAUGACGAAGGAUCAAUUUCAACAACAUAAAGAGGGUCAAUGUUCUUUUCUGAGUCACCUUUUCCAUGACUUGCAGGCCCCUUAUGCGAGUUUUCGUGGGUGAUCAAAUUUGAGGUGAUGGCCGUAAUCCUUUGGAACCUUCCGUCUGCAUGCUUUAAUAGCAGCUUCUUCUCGAACAGCGUAUUUUAACUCUAAACCAAGACCAACAGCGGCAAUUUUGGGGAAAUGAUGGAUUCAGAAGUUGUUAGGAGUGGCUUCCAGUUGCGCGGAUCCUGCUUGGCCUGUUAGUUAUCAGCUCCUUUCUGGGCUG